AUGCAGGACCUCAACGGACACAUUGGCCAGGCCAGUGUCAAUUCAAGUGGCCGGUUUCAGGGCCAUGUAUCGAAGCCUUCCAAUAGUGAUACCGGAUUCUCUCACGGCGCCUUCACGUCCAACAUAUCUGGAUUUGCUGACCGUCACCCACGUCGAGGCAACAUUCCAUCUCUUAAUACCCAGUCCGUGAACCAGGUUCAACCAGCAUCUCCCAAUGCAAACGACAUGACUACACCCGGCACUGCAUUCGACAUGCAAUUUACUCCUCUUCUGCCAUCGCAGCUUCUCCUCGGGAGCCCGUUCCAGCCAGGAAGCCCUGCCGCCUUCGGCAGCAGCCCUCAGUUCCAAAACUUGCCUGCUUUCCAACAGAACCAGCAGCAAGGGGGAAAUAAUAAUCAGCACAGCGGCGGCGUCUCCAGCCCUGUUCAACAGAAUAUUUCGCCUCAGUCAUACCAGGCCCUGGUGUCGCCAUCCACAUAUGGAGCCCCUCAGUUUUACCCUCCUCAAUCCCCUACUGGAGGUUUCAACUUGCAAUCGGCCAUGCAACCCGCUUCUCCUGUUUUGGGCUCCUCUAAUGUUAGUGGUACUAGCCGGACGGUCUAUCUUGGCAACAUUCCCCAAGACACUUCCGCCGAGGAGAUCCUCGGCCACGUUCGAAGCGGCCAAAUCGAGUCCGUUCGUCUCUUGCCCGACAAGAACUGCGCUUUCAUCUCGUUCCUCGAUGCUAGCUCUGCUACACAUUUCCACUCUGAUGCAAUCUUGAAAAAGCUCUGUAUCAAAGGUCAGGACAUAAAGGUGGGUUGGGGAAAGCCAUCUCAAGUCCCCAACUCGGUCGCACUGGCUGUUCAGCAGUCGGGUGCCUCACGCAAUGUCUACUUGGGCAACUUGCCUGAGGACGUGUCCGAUGAAGAACUUCGGGAGGACCUGGGCAAGUUUGGUGCCAUCGACACGGUCAAGAUUGUGCGGGAAAAGAACAUUGCAUUUGUUCACUACCUGUCCAUAGCCAAUGCCAUCAAGGCUGUGUCUCAACUUCCGCAAGAGGCCAAGUGGCAGGCUCCUCGUCGGGUCUACUACGGCAAAGACAGAUGCGCGUAUGUCUCCAAGACGCAGCAGCAGAACGCUGCCCAGUACCUUGGCAUUGCUCCUGGCUACGCUCACAUGCUGACCGGUGCCGAUCGUGACCUUAUCUCCAAUGCUCUUGCACAGCAAUCUGUCGCCGCUGCCGCCGUGGCAACUACUGCCGGAGGGAUCAACAACUUGGGAAACCGCACAAUAUACUUGGGCAACAUUCACCCUGAAACAACUAUCGAGGAGAUUUGCAACGUUGUUCGCGGGGGUUUACUCCAUCAUAUUCGGUAUAUUCCUGAUAAGCACAUUUGCUUCGUCACCUUCAUUGAUCCAACGGCCGCAGCGUCAUUUUAUGCGUUGAGCAACCUCCAGGGACUAAUGAUUCACAACCGCAGACUCAAGAUUGGCUGGGGAAAACACUCGGGAGCACUCCCUCCCGCAAUUGCCUUGGCUGUGAGCGGCGGUGCGUCUCGGAAUGUCUAUGUGGGUAACUUGGACGAGACCUGGACUGAAGAUCGCCUUCGUCAGGACUUCUCUGAAUAUGGUGAAAUUGAGCUUGUAAACACACUUCGCGAGAAGAGUUGUGCCUUCGUCAACUUCACAAACAUUGCCAACGCUAUCAAAGCGAUCGAGGCCAUUCGUGGCAGGGAUGAAUACAAGAAGUUCAAAGUCAACUUUGGCAAGGACCGCUGUGGAAACGCUCCUCGGCAGAUGCAACAGCAGAGCCAGUCUCCUCGUCCUGAGGGAGUUGGCUCACCUCCACCAAACGGUUCCCAAAACAGCGGCUCGCCCCCGAAUGGCUCGACCCCUCAGCAAUCCGCUGCAUUGUUCAACGCCCAGAGCAACCCUCUCACGAUGUACUUGAACCAGUUGUCUCAACAGGUUCAUCAGCAGCAGCAACAUCAGCACCUCUCUUUGCAGCAGAACCUACUCUUCCACACCGCUCAAUCCUCGCCUAAUGAGCUAGGUCUCGAUGUCCCCCAGCAAGGAUCCCUGGGUGGGCACGGCCAAUCUGCUUCCAUUUCAAACGGCUACGGCCCGAAUGCUACUUCGUCUGGUGCUUCAACCAUCGGGGGACUUCUUGCUCCAGGCAACGGACGUGGUUCUCACAGUCGGGCUGUCAGCUUGCCUGUGCUUGCCCCUGGCUUUGAACAUGGUGGAAACAGCCCAAAUAGCUUGGCUGGCAGCAACGGGAGUGACGGCGAAAGGCGUGGCCACCAUUAUCAGUCCAGCUUUGGUGGGCUAGGGGGUACAGGCUUCGGCCUUGCCAUACAAGGUGGUCUCAAUGGAUGGGUAGAAGAGGAAGUGGCCAACUAA